AACGCCAAGGCUUUAUGUUCUUUUAUGCUCAACUUUUGUAAAAAAAAAAAAAGCCAAGGCUUUAUGCUCAAGUCUUGAGCACAAAAGAAGUGUCUUGGAAUAAUAAAGUUUUCGAACAAGUCGUCGUAGACUCAAACUAACUAACGACAUAAUAAAUGGCAAAACUGAAUGCUGAAGUGGGACACCACACUAACAAGUCCCUCCACCGACAGAAUUUUUGUAAACCUCCACAAUUCAUCCACAUGCUUCGCCAUCAUCAUCUGUUUCGUUGUCCUGUUCCUUCCUGCCAACCCCAAAAAAACCACUCCAUCAAAAGCACAAAUGGUUCUGCUGACUUUAUCAGCUAGCCCACCCAUUAUUCCGUUUUCAGUCGCAUCAUUCCAACACAUCUCUGCCCCUACACUUCACAAAUCCUCCUAAACAGCUGAGAAAAAACUUUGGCCGAACGCUCCAGUUGAUUUCCUCCUCCUCCACCAACCAGCCAAUCAAUGGUGUUCAGCAUGACAUCUUGGGCGAAGAAGGAGAUCUCCAAACUUGUUGGAACCCCGAGACUACUAAUUACCCAGCCGCCUCAGCCUCAACCUCAGGGUGAAAUUGUGGAAGUUGUGGUGGCAGCGGACUUGAGAUGCUCCAAGUGCAGAGACAGAGUAGCUGAUGCCAUUUCAAACAUGGAUUUCGUUGCAAUGGAGUCUGUUGAGGUGGAUGUAGGAAGAAAGGAAGUGACUCUUCUAGCUCACCACUCUGCUCUAUCCAGGAGGAACUGACAACAAUACUGGUUUUCUCAUUUUCACUGCUCAGCUAGUGUGCCUGAUGCUCUGUUUUCGGAACGAAAAACAUUUUUUGGUGUGAACAGAAACUAAUGACCGUUCCUCCCUAUUUAAGUUCGUGAUGAUCAAUUGUUUAAUUUCUACUGUUCUGUGGCGUAUCGGUGCAUGCCGUAGAGUGCUCAAUGUUGAUAACACCUAUCCUAUGAUGUAAAGAUUGUAUCGGGAAUUUUGUUGGACCGGUUUGGUAUUGAAUAUUGAUGGCAGUGAAAAUAUCGGUUGAAUAGUCAGUUAGGUGGUAAUGGUAAUCUCGAUAAGCACUCCCAAUCUGAUUUGUCGUGUAAUAAUAGUUAAUCACUAAC